AUGGAGAAAAAGCAGCUGUGGAGGAUAGAAGUCUAUGAAGUCGACCUCACGCGCACCUUCACCUUCCGCAACUCCAAGCAGACAUACACAGGAAUUCCCAUUAUAGUGGCAAACAUGGACACUGUGGGGACAUUUGAAAUGGCUGUGGUUAUGGCAAAACAUGCAAUGUUCACUGCAAUUCACAAGCAUUAUUCUCUGGAAGAAUGGAAACUGUUUGCUGCCAAUCACCCAGAAUGCCUUGAGCAUGUAGCAGCAAGCUCAGGUAGUGGAAAAGCUGAUUUGGACAAGUUAACAAGUAUUCUAGAGGCCAUUCCACCUGUCAGAUACAUCUGCCUGGAUGUGGCAAAUGGCUAUUCAGAGCACUUUGUGGAGUUCGUGAAGUCUGUCCGUGCCCUGUUCCCACAUCACACCAUUAUGGCAGGCAAUGUGGUGACAGGAGAGAUGGUAGAAGAACUUAUUCUUUCUGGAGCAGAUAUUAUUAAAGUGGGUAUCGGACCAGGUUCUGUGUGUACCACUCGGAUUAAGACGGGGGUGGGCUAUCCACAGCUAAGUGCUGUUAUUGAGUGUGCAGACUCAGCACAUGGCUUGAAAGGACAUAUCAUCUCUGACGGAGGAUGCAGCUGCCCAGGAGAUGUCGCCAAAGCGUUUGGAGCCGGUGCUGAUUUUGUCAUGCUUGGAGGAAUGUUUGCAGGCCAUGACCAGUGUGCUGGAGAGAUUAUGGAAAAGAAUGGCAAGAAGGUGAAACUAUUCUAUGGAAUGAGCUCUGAUACAGCCAUGAAGAAGCAUGCAGGAGGGGUUGCUGAAUACAGGGCUUCAGAGGGCAGAACUGUGGAGGUACCGUACAGAGGGGACGUGGAACUCACCAUCCUGGACAUCCUUGGGGGGCUGCGCUCCACCUGCACCUACGUGGGAGCUGCCAAACUCAAGGAACUGAGCAGGAGAACAACGUUUAUCCGGGUCACCCAGCAGCACAGCCAGGUCUUCUCUUAGCCCAGGAGUUGGGGGCUGGAGAUAGAGGGGUGAGGGAGAGGAGCAGGAAGGGCUGCUGUUCUGUUCUGCUUUCUCCUCCAUGUUGUGUUAGUGGCAAACUCUCCUCUCUCUCAGAAUGGCAGUGUCAUAGCCGUUAGAGCGACUAUGGCUGGGAUUUGAAAGGGGAAGGUCAUGCUAUUAACACAGUGCCAUUGGCUCAAAAUGCAGUAGCCUCAUCUUUUAUUGUUGUGCCUAUUUUAUUUUUUAAUCAACAUUUCUUUACCUGUUUUUUCCCCCUCUGAUAAAAAGCUGCUGAAAUCUCAAUUAACAAGGAAUUGGCUUGUACAGACAUGGCUGUUAUGCCUGCACACAUACACACAUUCCCUUUUUUAAGACUGACCUGUCAGCUACCACUGCUUCUGGCAGCGCACCCUCCAGAAAUUGCAGGCUGGAAGAGAAAAAGAUGCAAGGAAUUGUGUGGAGAAAUCAAAUAUCAAAUCCUCUUUAAUCUUUGUUCUAGCAAAAGAAUGGAUGUUUGUGGCAUGGCUGCCAGCCUGCAGAAUGUCAAAGGUGGAUGGUG